AUGAGAACUGUGGCGACAACAACACCGACGGCUGUAGAACCGCAACAGCAACAGAAGGCUUCAUUGUUCUCAAAGAUUUUCAAAGGCCAUGCCGGUGCGGCCACCAUGGCAGGUGCUCUGGAAAUUGCCAUAUUCCAUCCAUUUGAUACUGUGGCGAAGCGACUGAUGAGUAAUCGAACUCGUGUCGCAGGUGACUCCUUCACCGGUACCAUGCAUAACUUAAACCAAACCAUCUUCCGCAACAAGGCAGAUGCGAGUUUAGGACAAAAAUUUAUGUACCUUUACCCUGGUUCCACUUAUGCUGUCUGCUAUAAAGUACUCCAGCGAGUGUAUAAGUUUGCUGGCCAACCGCUUGUCCGGGAUCACUUACAAAAACACCACCAGGAUAGAUUUUCACGUGUGUUUGGUCGUCGUUCAAAACUCAUGACGGAAUCUAUCGCCGGUUGCCUUGUUGGCAUAGGCGAAGUGAUGCUGUUGCCAUUGGAUCGCCUUAAGGUCUUAAGUCAAACGAACGAGGCGGCACUACGUGAUGGAGUGGUGCAAUUGGUGCGGCGUGAGGGAAUUUCUGGAAUGUAUGCCGGUACGUGUGUGACAAUGAUGAGAAACGCACCCGGUUCGUUUUCUCUCUUUGGCGGUGCUGCCUUUACAAAGGAUGUUGUCUUUCACCUUGAGGAUUACCGCAAAGCGACAUUCUUUCAAAACAUGUGUGCCUCCACUGUAGGCGCUUGUUUGGGUGUUACAGUGACCAAUCCCAUGGAUGUGAUCAAGACACGCGUGCAAAAUAAAGAUCCUGGGUCUAAGCUUAGUGCUGCUGGUGCACUCAAACGACUUUUACAAGAUGAGGGAGCCUCGGCACUCUUUAAGGGUCUCACCCCAAAGGUGAUUGCCUCGGCACCGAAACUCGUAUUUGCGUACAGCAUGACAGAAUUCUUUUUGCAGCUCAUGAACCCUACUAAACAUUAG